AAUUAAAAAAGAAGAAUUACCCUACUUGUUAAAUUCGUUUUUUAAAAUACAGUUUUAAUCGAUUUCUAAUGUUGAAAAGACCUAAAUAAUGAAUGUUUUUAGUUGUUCUGAGUGUCGAAAAGAAUAUACACUUUUAAUCAAUUUAAGAAGACAUGCAAAAACAUCCCAUCCAGAUAAAGUCGAUACAAUAGCCCCUCACAAAACUUACAAGUAUGAAUGUGAACCGUGCAAGAAAAAGUUUAACCAUUUAAGGGAUUUUAAGUGCCACAAAAACAAACAUCAACUUUCGUCUCAAUUGAAAACUGUAUCAAAAUAUAACUGUUCCCUAUGUAAUUUUAAAGGAUCUAAAGUCAAUUUAAUAAAUCAUUUCGAUUCUAUUCACAAUAUAAUAAUCAAGACAAAUACUUUUGAAUUUAACUCAUUCGAAAAUUUUAUUGUGUGGAAGAGUGAAGUAGAGAAAAAUACAAAAUCACAGUUUGUGAAAGAGAGAGGUACAGUUUCUUUUAAAAAUAAAACUAUUAUUAAAUUCAAUUGCCAUCGCUCUGGUUAUUAUGUUGCAAAGGGAAAAGGAUUACGCCGUUUAAAAAGAAAGGGUUCAAAUAAGAUAAAUGGAUUUUGUCCAGCUUCCAUGGUAGUGCACAUGGUUGAAAAUGGAAAAUGCAAAGUAUCUUUUAUUGAUAAACAUGUUGGUCACGAAAAUGAGGAAAUUGGUUAUCGGGCUCCAACAUAUAAAAAGCGAAAAACUAAAAAUGAAACAAAAAAAUCCAUUCAUAAAAUAAGAUACGAUUCAGAUUUUAUCAAAGAAAAAGCUUAUGAACCCCCAGUUGAUAAUGAUUUAGAAUAUAGUUUGGCGGUAGCAAAGGGAAAAGAAUUUAUAAUUUCGCAUAUAAUUCCCCAUCUGUAUAAAGUAGCUGAAGGCAUUAUUUGUAUCGAACAAGCAGAUGAAUUUAAAAAACUUUGUGCUCCAAUAGCAUCGACGUUAGCUGAAAUUGGAAAUAGAUAUACAGAAAUUAAGAAACAGGAACAUUAUUCUUGACUGGAAAUUAUUAAAUUAGAUUCUUGUUAUUACAAAUAGAGAAGACCCCCUACAUAUCAAAAGAUUUUCAACUUCGCCUGUGUUUUUGUUAAUCAUAAUUAUUUAUACACUUCAAGUGUUUGGACCACUUGAUAGAAAACUUAUUAAAAUAUAAUUAUCGAAAGAAGUCAUACCUAAAAAUCAUCCCUGAAAACAAUUUUUGAAAAUUUUGAAUUUAACAAUAAAAAUUUUCAGUACUUUUAAUUAAAAAAAUAAUUUUGUUAAAGUUAUUGAAGAUAUCUUUGCGAAAUUUUCAGCGAUUAUAGUAAAAUAUUUAUAUAUCAAUUAUUUCCAAAUAUUUGUAUCCCCGCACAGAAUAAAAAAUUGAUUUUCUGAUUAUAUAUCAAAUUUGGGUCAAAUGAACUACUAAAUGCUAGUUUAUUCAUAUAAAUUUCGAACUAAUCAAUCAUUUCUCAUUAUUUCCAUUCCUGUAUAUAAUACAAAAAUUAAUUGAAUUUUCUAAUUAUAAAACAAAUGAACUACUAACUCCCAUUAGGUUAGUAGAUUCUUCUUUUUCAUUUUUCGUAUCAUUACCAUAUACAUUUUCAGAGAUAAGGGAAGUAGUCUAGUCUAAGUACAUUUCUCAAUGUAUUUGACUGUGUUUCGACACCGGUAACGGUAGCAGAGACACGAUCUAAAUACGUAUGUGUAGGUUAUUAGUGGUAAAUAUAAACAAAAAGUGAAAGAAGAAACAUGUACUUGUGCACUGUUUAAAAUCAUUCGACCAUAUCGAAAAAAAAAAUCGUGCUGUAUGUACUCAAUAUAAAAUACCUAAUUGAAAGUACAAAAUGUGUGAGAAAAAAUGUGCUUCAUUAAAAAAUAUAUAAAUGUUAAAUAAACAAGUUGAUGUUAAUAUGAUCUGAAUUAGCAAGAAAACCAGUUUGGAGAGAGGUAACUUUUCAUAUUGUAUAUUCAUUUUUAAUAUAAAUAUUAUUUUAAACACUUCUAUGUGAACAAAUUUAUGAAAAAAUUUAUCAAGUAGCACAUUCACCUCCUGACCUUCUUUGUCAUGAUUGUUUUUUAUUUCAUAGACUUGAAAAGGUAGGUCACAGUCAUUAUAACAUAUUUUCUUCCAAAUAUACUUUAUAACUUGUUUAAAGUAUUAGAAUUCUUGUUUUUUUCAAUCUUUUUUUAUUGUUACACAGUUUCCAUAUUUUCAUUUUUAUUAAUUUGUUUUAUAAUUCUGACAUCUUGUGCUAAUUAUAUGGGUUUACUUCGUGAUACAGAAAUAUGAAUUAUUAGAUUUGGCAUUUUGUAAAUUGAAAAUGUUUAUCAGUAAUCAAAAUUUUGAGUAAAAACACAACUUGAAUACAUAUAGAACAUUUUUUUUAAAUAACAAGUAACUAUGUAUGUAAAGUAAUAAAAAAAUAUCGAACUAAGUAAGAAGUAAACAUAAAAAUGGGUACGAUAUGUAGUAAAAAGACGAGAGUGACGCAACAAGAUAGGGCAAUUCUAAAAUUAAAACAACAAAGAGAUGCUUUAAAACAAUACCAUAGGACAAUUGAACGGUCAAUUAACAAAGACUUAGAAGUUGCUAAGAAAUUACUAACAAAUGGACAUAGAGAAAGAGCGAAACUUAUUAUAAAAAAGAAAAGGUUUCAAGAGCAACUCAUGUUCAAAUUGGAUAAAAUCCUCAAUAAUAUAGAACAAAUAUUAAAUGAUAUGGAGUUUGUACAAAUCGAAAAUCAAGUAGUUGAAGGCUUGAAAAUAGCUAACGAAACAUUGAAGAAAAUAAACGCCGCUCUUGAUAUUAAAAACAUUGAAACUAUUUUAGAUGAUACUAAAGAGGGAGCAGAUAAACAAAAGAUAAUUACUGAACUUAUCAGUGGGUAUUUUACUGAAGAAGAUGAAGAAGCUAUAGAAGAAGAAUUGAUAGAUAUGCUUGAGGAAGAUCUACCUAAUGUACCUUUAGACGAACCUGAGAUAGUUACUAAUAAUGUGAAAGUUAAACAUAAGUCUAGUAGGAAUAAAGGGGAAAUGGAAUUAACAAAAUAGGAAUUUUGGUUUGGGUGGAAAAUGAAUAGAAUUUGAAUUUUAAUUAUACCAAAAUUCAUUUUAAAUAAAAAUAUAUCUGAGUGAACUGUAAUUUGGAAUGAAAAAUGGAACAGAAACUACAAAAAUUUAUAAAUGUCAUGAAAAUUCACUUCUGUUUGUUUGACAUAAAUCCACAAACUACACAUUAAAUUUUCAUAAAUUUUUCAUCAAUAAUUAUUUUGAUUCAAUGGCAAGGUUAAGUUUUGUUUAAAUUUGGUGAUAACAGUUGAAGUAUCAUAAAAAGUUAUGUCUCAAGGACAGCUCUGCCUAAUUCCCAAAAUAAUGCAAGGAGAUAUCAAUCUUAUACAUCCAUAAAAAUGUACGUGCUAUCUUGUAUCUAUUUCCCCCCCAAAAAAACUUGCUAUACCCAUUAUAACACAUAAUGUGCAAAUUUAUUACACUACAUCUUUUAAAUGAUUUUCGGAAAAAAUUACUGAGAAUGAAAAUGAGUUCAAACGCAUUUCUUAUAGUUCUAAAUAAAAUAUGUUUGUUUUUACACAAAAUCAGGUACGAUUAAUAAACAUGUUAUGUGAA